CUUCUACCUGGUUGCCACUCAGUUCAUUGCUCUAGAAGUGGCGAAGUCCUUUGGUUGAAGAACUGGGUGAAACUUCCCCUGGAAUCAGUGUGAGGUUUAUCUAGCCAGCAAAAAGAUGUCUUCCCAGGCUCCUAUCAAAGGUUAUCCCCAAUGCUCUUCUUCGACCCCUAUGCCAGCUCCCACUCCAGCUCCUUCAUCUAGUGGCUGCUGUGGAUCCAACUCAGGAGGCUGCUGUGGGAGGUCCAGCUCUGGAGGCUGCUGUGGGUCCAGCUCUGGAGGAUGCUGUGGGUCCAGCUCUGGAGGAUGCUGUGGGUCCACAGGUUGCUGUGGGUCUAGUUCUACAGGAUGCUUCGGAGGUUGCUGCCUACCUUCCCGGCGACGUAGGCGACGUAGGGGCUGCUGCUGCUGUGGAGAUAAUGGCAGCCAGAGAUCCCAGACCUCUGUAAGCCGGGGUGGCUCUGGCUGCUGCUCUGGAGGCUGCUAAGUCGGCCCCAGCAACAGAAGUGAAGACCAGCCCAUAAGAAGAAUGGUAGAAGAGGCUGUUUCUGCUUACAUUCUCGCCUUACUCCUCUUCCCCUUCCUCUGGAGAUGUCUCAGGGAGCUAAGAGUCCCCCCCGCCCCCGAAACCUAUAUCUUUCCUCUGCUAUACAUGUAGAGGGCUUUCUCUAUAGAUUUCUCUCUGUGGACUCAGCUAUAUUUAUCUUUUUUUUUUUUUUCAUGGUCUGCAGAUAACAGGCCCCUUCACAUAAUAGGCCCUGAAUCAGUAUUGGCUAACUGAACUUGAUUUUGUGAAUGUGUGAUAAUAAAGCUUACAGGAAUUCCUGUAA